AAGCGCCGGGAGCGCCGGCCGGAGAGGGCGCGCUUGCAGCCAAUCGCAGGCGGGAAGAGGCGGGGCGGAGCGGAGAGGUCCCGGCGAGGCUGAAGCGGCGAGAUGUCGGAGAGGAAAGUGUUAAAUAAAUACUACCCUCCUGACUUUGAUCCAUCUAAGAUCCCCAAGCUUAAACUUCCAAAGGACAGGCAGUAUGUGGUCCGACUGAUGGCACCUUUCAACAUGCGGUGCAAGACCUGUGGCGAGUACAUCUACAAAGGAAAGAAGUUCAACGCCCGGAAGGAGACUGUCCAGAAUGAGUCUUACCUGGGGCUUCCCAUCUUCCGGUUUUAUAUCAAAUGCACCCGCUGCCUUGCAGAAAUCACCUUCAAGACAGACCCCGAGAACACAGACUAUGCCAUGGAGCAUGGGGCCACGCGGAACUUCCAGGCCGAGAAGCUACUGGAGGAAGAGGAGAAGCGCCUGCAGAAAGAGAGAGAGGAUGAAGAGCUGAACAACCCAAUGAAGGUUUUGGAGAACAGGACCAAGGACUCCAAGCUGGAGAUGGAAGUUCUGGAGAACCUCCAGGAGCUGAAGGAGCUGAACCAGCGCCAGGCCCACGUGGACUUUGAGUCCAUGCUGCAGCAGUACAAAGACUAUGAGGAGCAGCAGAAAGAGCGGGAGCUGGAGGAGGACGAGCAGGAGACAAAAACUAUGCUGGAACAAGCUCAGAGCAGGAGGCUGCUACAAGACUCUGAUUCAGAGGACGAGGACUCUGCUUCACGUCCUGCUAAGCCGUUUGCAAAAGCAAAGCCUACAGACAUCCUGCAAGAGUACUCAGAGCCUCAAGCAAAGAAGCUGAAGGUGGAAAGCUGGGAGAGGAGCAUCGGGAAACUCUCAAGCAAGGUCAAACUAUCUGGGCUGGUGACGGCCAAGAGGAAGCCAGUUAGUAGUGCGGCCAAUGGAGCAGACAGUGGAGAUGCACCGCCAGGCGCAGGUGCUGGGAGUACAAGCAGCCCCUCUGGGGGGGCCUCUCUGGCUUCCGUCCCCAAAGCAGGAGCUUCCUCCCUCAGCCUUCUGGGAGCCUAUUCUGACAGCGAGGACAGCAAGAGCGACUGAGCGCCACAGGAGAGUGACAACCCCCAAGCUUCACACAAUACUUCCCUGGUAGUUGGUCUCCCUACAUGGUGGUAUCUUGUCCACCCGCACACCAAACCACCUGCAGAUGUUUUUCCCUCUGUGGAAUCUUUCUCCACCAGCUGCAACAUUUGCCUUGGUCUGCUCCUCCCGAUGUGACUUGGGCAUCCGCUAACGGGUCUCCUUUCUGCCACCUCCAGACCGUGAGGCAGACAGGCCAGCCUCCUCCUGGAUUCCUGUGGUGGUUUGGUACAGAGAAAGCAAAGCUGGAAGGGCCCUCUGCAGAGCCAGCCCCCGGAGAGUGCUGAAGCCCCAGGCCAGGCCAGGGAAGUUCCCUCUCUGGUCUUCUCUGCAGCCCUCCCUUACCAGACCACUCGGUGCAGCUGGUUCCUUCCAGAGGAGCAGGACCCCGAAUGCAAGGGGGCUGGCUAGUGAACAGCCAGCGUGGGGGGAAAUAGGACCUCCACGACCCCAACCAGCACAAGAAGUCCCACCCACCCCAAGAAGUGGGGGGCCGUUGCUUUGUUUACCGAGUUGAAGAUCCUCCAAGUUGACAGAGCCACGUUCCGUCCCCUGCUCUCUAAUGGACGUUUCCAAAAACCAGAAGCCUAGCACAGUGUGUGGGUGUCAUCCAUCCACCAUUUUGAAUUUGACAAUGAAAGAAGAACAGCCUGUUGUCAUCCCCACAAACACAGAUAGAUGUCUGCCAUUUUGAUAACGACUUGGAAGGAAAUGGGGGGAGGGGCUUACCAUGUUUGUUCAUGCUAAUCUGUUUGCAUGUGGUCAGACGGGACAUGAGAUUAAGCACACCUUGCGUGCUCAGGUUUUAUUCAUCUUAAGUAGCAGCUACUCAAGGGUUCAAGGCAUUCUAGACUGGGCUGCAGGAGGCAAAGGUUAAGCCUUCUCCCCCCCCCCUUCCUGAAAACCAAGUUAUGUGCUUAACCUCAGGUGGAUUGUUUUGUCCUCAUCUCCCAAAGUCCUGGGGCUUGUUUAGUAGAAUAUCCGCCCUUGUCUGUCUGCAUCAAUCAAGCUGCCAUCAGUGUAACUUAAUAAAAGAUACAGGUGAAA